UAUUACAUACAAUUAUUUUUUUACUUACUUUAACGAGUGUUUAAGUACUUGUUUUGUUUUUUAAAUUCUCUUUUAACCUUACACGAGUACAACGCCAUCAUAACCGCGGUUUACUGACACAACACGGUACCCCUAUGAUAAUGUUGAUGACGAUCAUGUGUGUCUAUGGGCUGUGGACAAACCGAGGAAAUAUGUUUCCGAGGUUAUCGACACGGACUACCCGCUGACCGAUUUGGCCUUAAAUAGCAACGACUUUCAUCAAUGUUCAACUACAAGUGCACCGACGGUUGUCCAUCGAGCAGCAACGAUAUUGACUUCAGUGUUUUUUUUCGAAAACCGCAAGUGAUUCGACAGACAACAUGAGCGGAUAUUUGACAAUCUUUGGGCUGAUGCUUUUGCAAACCUUGGUAAAGAGUGGCGCACAGGAAGACGGCGUUUGGUUGGCCGAAGUGGCGGGAAAACCGAUCGCCUUGACCAGGAUCGAACGCAACGACCAAGAGGAGUCGACCGGCGAUUUCUUCGUCAAAGAAGGCAGCGCGUUCCCGAAAAUGACCAGACGGGGAUACGCGGGCGAAGAGUUCUUCCUGAAAGCGUCCAAGUCCGUGCCCAGGAUAGGCCGGAGAAACGACGACUUCAAGUCAGCCCCCAAGAGGUCCUGGGCCAAGUCCAUGCCCAGGAUAGGCCAGAGAAACGGCGACUUCAAGACGAUCCCCAAGAGAUCCGCAUCAGGAGGUGGCACGGAUCCGGCGGCUCCUGAGGAAUAUUGGCAGUGGCUCCAGUCCAACGGCCAUGUCGAGUUGAACAGCAAACCGGAUUUUGACUUCCCCUACGGCUGCCAGCAACUGGAUGCAAAAACUAUAUUUCUGGUCGACAUGUACAACUUUGUGUGCAACGACCAAUUCUACUGUUGUGCCACCGCCAAGCGCGUCGCUUCCAAAUGAACCCCGUCGUUGCCGUAUCCGAAUCCGUGUAGUCUUGCCCUGAUUGCAUAUUAUAUGAUCAAUUAUGAACUCUGCAAAAUUUGUUUUCUAAAAUAUACCAUUUAACACAAUUAUACGUCAUAAAAUAA